GGUCAGGACAACAUCUACGAUGACCCCUACCAACCAGAGAUGGAGCCUCAGCUUCCUUCAGCUGGACGCCGCAGAGCCUUCUACCGCAACCGAGACCACUUUGCCACCAUCCGCACCGCCUCUCUGGUAACCCGACAGAUCCAGGAACACGAGCAGGGCUCGGCUCUGAGGGAGCAGAUGUCCGGUUACAAACGGAUGAGGCGGCAGCACCAGAAGCAGCUGAUGGGUCUGGAGAACAAGCUGAAGGCUGAGAUGGACGAACAUCAGCUGAAACUGGACAAAGAGCUGGAGAAUCAGAGGAACAACUUCUCCAUCGAGGCUGAUAAGUUGUCCAAGAAGCACCAGGCCAUCAUGGAGAAGGAG